AUGGGAGUGGAUUGGUUACAUCUGGAUGUAAUGGAUGGACACUUCGUUCCCAAUCUCACUUUUGGACCUCCCAUCAUAAAAUGUUUAACUCAGAGAUUGUAAAAUAGGACAUUCAUUGAUUUGCAUUGCAUGAUAUAGGAACCCAGAAAAUGGAUUAAGGAUCUCUCAAAUGCAGGUGGUCAUUAGAUGACUGUGCAUUAUGAAUCAGACAUUGGCAACAUUGAAGAAUUGUCAUAAAUGAUUAGGAAUGCAGGCAUGAGACCAGCAUUAGCUUUAAAGCCAAAAACACUAAUAGAUCACACCUUAAUAGAAAUAUUUGAUAAAUAACUAUUUGAUAUGAUCUUGAUUAUGACAGUAGAACCUGGAUUUGGUGGAUAGAAAUUCAUGGCUGAUAUGUUGCCCAAAGUAACUCAACUGAGACAAAGAUAUCCUAAAAUUGAUAUCCAACUCGAUGGUGGUGUGAAUUGCGAUAAUGUCAUUAGUUGCUAUGAGGCAGGAGCCAAUGUAAUAGUGUCUGGCAGUGGAAUUGUAAAUGCCAAAGACCCAUAGCAAUCUAUUAAUUAUAUGAAAGAGUGUGGAUGCUAACAUUUCAAAUGGUGA